GGUUCUGGCCCAGCCCCGGGGAGCGCGUUGCGCCCUCCCCGCUUCCGCUGGGGCGGGGCCGCAGCCCGGCCGCCCCUUUAUCUGAAGCCGGGACGCGCCGCGGCCGGGUCGCACGCAGCUCAGCCCCGCGGGAGGAGACAGGAAUCAGCCAAAUUUGCCUGAUACCCAGAUCCCAGCCAGCUUUGCCUUUGCCUUGCUGUGUGUCCUCCGCUCCCUCCCCGAGCCCCAGCCAUGGCCAUGGCCGUAGCCCAGCGGUUCAGCCACCUGCUGUCCAGCCUGUGGCAGGUGGGCCGGGGGCCGGUGCAGCCCGAGCCCGUGUUCACGGUGGACCGCGCCGAGGUGCCGCCGCUCUUCUGGAAGCCCUACAUCUACGCGGGCUACCGGCCUGUGCACCGGACCUGGCGCUUCUACUUCCGCACGCUCUUCCAGCCGCACAACGAGGCGGUGAACGUGUGGACGCACCUGCUGGCCGCCCUGGCGCUGCUGCUGCGCCUGGCCAUGCUGGCGGGCUCGACCGACUUGCGCCAGGACCCGCACGCCCUCCCGCUCUUCAUCAUCGUCCUGGCCUCCUUCACCUACCUCUCCUUCAGCGCCCUGGCGCACCUCCUGCAGGCCAAAUCCGAGUUCUGGCACUACAGCUUCUUCUUCCUGGACUACGUGGGCGUGGCCGUGUACCAGUUUGGCAGCGCCCUGGCACACUUCUACUAUGCCAUCGAGCCCACCUGGCAUGCCCACGUGCAGGCCAUCUUCCUGCCCACCGCCGCCUUCCUCGCCUGGCUCUCCUGCGCCGGCUCCUGCUACAACAAGUACAUCCAGAAGCCCGGCCUGCUGGGCCGCGUGUGUCAGGAGGUGCCCUCCGCGCUGGCCUACGCGCUGGACAUCAGCCCCGUGGUGCACCGCAUCCUGGUGUCCCCGCAUCCUGACGCCGACGACCCGGCUCUCCUCUACCACAAGUGCCAGGUGGUCUUCUUCCUCCUGGCCGCGGCUUUCUUCUCCACCGUCAUGCCCGAGCGCUGGUUCCCGGGCAGCUGCCACAUGUUUGGGCAGGGCCACCAGGUGUUUCACGUCUUCCUGGUGCUGUGCACACUGGCUCAACUGGAGGCCGUGACCCUGGACUACGAGGCCCGGCGGCCCAUCUAUGAGCCUCUGCACGCUCGCUGGCCCCACAACUUCUCCCGACUCUUCCUGCUCACUGUGGCUGGCAGUGUGCUCACCGCCCUCCUUCUCAGCCAGCUGGUGCGCCGCAAGCUCCAUCGGAAGACCAAAUGAAGGGUGGGUGGCAGCUAGGAGGGAGGGUAACACUGGGAUGGGGA